UUACUCUAGUAGCCUUGGUUGAAACCUCGGUUGAGAACAUUGUUCCGAGGCGUUGGUUGAAACCAUCCAAAAAAGCAUGUAUGCUGGGCGCUGCGGUUCCAGACGUACUUGAUGGGAAUACGAGUGUGGAGAGAAAAACUCAAUUCCUCUUUUCUCGCAUGUGUGCAUCUCUAAUUCCACUGGCUCCUCAAUGAAUGCUGAUGUCACAUGCAAUGUGAUGCAUACCUAGUCUACGUAUUUUAAGGCUUAGGGAGGACAGAUGUAUCCGUUGCAGGCAUCAUGUGAACUUCCAGGCUACCACUGUUAUGCAGUCGCAUGGUCACCAUUUCACAAAGAACUUCUGGCUGUGGUUUCUGGAACAAACUAUGGCCUAUCAGGCGCCGGCCGUCUGGACGUGCUCCGCCUCUCGGCCGGCGGCGCCCACCUGGCGCCCAGCUGGAGCGCCCCCUGGCAGGAUGUCAUUACGGACGUGACGUGGUCUGAGACGAGUCCGUCGGCGCUGGUGGUGGGCACCGGCGACCGGGCCGUGGCCGUCUUCGACACCGCCAAAACAGGGGAUGUCUCACUGGUGCGGCGGGAGCAUGCUCAGGAGGUCAGCUGCGUUACCUGGAGCCCGGUCAGAAGUCACCAGGCUGUGCUGUCUGCCAGCUGGGACGGCACAGCCAAACAGGGCCACCGCUACGCUAUCAAGAAGGUUCGGUUUUCGUCGUUCGACAGCACCGUGCUGGCGACAGCCUCGUAUGACAAGACAUGCAGACUGUGGAGUUGCACGGAGGCACGCUGCUUGGGAACGCUGGAGAGCCACACCGAGUUUGUCUACGGGCUGGACUGGUCCGUGCUGGAGCGACAGCAGCUGGCCACCUGCGGCUGGGACAGGAAGAUUCAGGUCCACACACUGCCGGCUUAGACCGGCCGCUGGAACAGGACGGUCCAGGGUCCACACACUGCCGGCCUAGACCUGCCGCUGGAACAGGACGGUCCAGGUCCAUACACUGCCGGCCUAGACCUGCCGCUGGAACAGGACGGUCCACGUCCACACACUGGGGGACUGACAUAGUCGUAGGGGCGGAUCUGCCGCUCGAAUGGUGUCAGCAUCGCUGUGCGUUGUGCGGUCGCCAGCUCGUAAGCGCAGGCGCAUCAGACGGGCCCCGUUCGAUUUACGUUAGUGACGAGACGGUUGGAAGUUCCUCUUUUUAUCGUUUAUGGUCAUGUCACAAUAAAUGAGUGAUUGCUAUCAUGCAAGUUCUGAUGAUGAAAAUUCGUGUCAUAUUGGGUAUAAAUUCUUUGUCUUUGAGCAUGGUUUAGGCAUCCCGCAAUCGCCAAGUCUUCGACUGGCCAGUACCUCGCACAGUGAACAGCGGUGUGGUGCGGGUUUAGACGGAUACUUCUACUGCAUGAACCAUGUGACGUCAGUGCAGAAUAUUGUUUAUCGAUACCAUACCUUGCGCGGGCUAGUUCACACCCGGUGCUGCUCGCCGAAGGCGGUUCUGGCGCCGGCCUCCAGGUCGCGGCGUGGCACCGCGAGAGCGAACCGUCGCGUGCCCCCCUCGGCGGUAGCGAC